AUGGCCAAUGGAGAAGCGCCUUCCUCCAACGGCUACAUGCAAGCGGCCGCCGCUCCUCCCGCUCCUCCCGCUCCCCGACCCAAGCUCCCCUCUACCACCCCCUCGUCAUCGGCUAAAGUUCAGCUUUCUUCCGCCAAAGCGCAGCCUGCUUCUGCCAAAGCGCAGCCUGCUUCCGCCAAAGCGCAGCCUGCUUCCGCCAAAGCGCAAACUGCUUCCGCCAAACCGCAGCCUGCAUCGGGCAAGGCGCAAGCUUCCCCCGCCGCCAUCUCAGCUGCCGUUGCCGCAGCUGCGGCUUCGCCGGACGCCGCAAGGGCACCACCCGCGCCGUCCGCCGCCGCAUUCUCUGAGGCGCCUCACGACUCGCCUUCUGUCGCCGCCUUUUCCGAAGCGCCUCAAAGAUCGCCGUCAGCAGCAGCAGCCGCCGCUGCUGCAACGGCGGCACCGGCGCGGGCGGCGACGCCAUCGCCGCCGCCGCCGCCGCCGCCGCCGCUUCCCGCGCCGCCGUCUCCUCCGCCGCUGCACUUGCAGCUUCAGCUGUUGCACUUCCCGUACUUGUCGGAAGCAUGGACGGCUGAGGAGCAACGGCUGCUGGAUCAAGGGCUCGCAAGUUCCCCCCUUGAUCAGUUCCCCCCCGCGCAGCGCUACCUCAACGUCGCGCGCCUACAGCUGUCUCGGUUCCCCGCAGAUCAGUUCACCCCCGCCCAGCGCUACCUCAAGAUCGCGGCGUCUCUGCCGGACAAGGACCAGCAGCAACGAAUGCAGGCAGCAGCAGCAGGGGAACCCGCAGCAGCAGGAGGGGGAGGAGCAGGGGCAGGCGGGGGAGGGGGAACAGGCGGAAGCGCUGCAGGAGGUGGGGCGGCGAGGGCAGGGGGGGCGGGUAUGGUCAAGGUGGAAGCUGCAGGUGCUGGGGAUGGUGCUGGGGCGCAAGGGGCAGGGGGAGGCGCAUCUGGUGCAGGUGUAUCUGGGGCAGCAGCAGCAGGGGGAGGUGGUGGUGAUGGGUGUGGUGCUGCUGACACACAUACAGACGGUGCUGACAACAGUGGCAGCUUGCUAUCCGGGGAUCUAUCACCCGACAAGCUGCUCGAGCAGAACGUGGACCUCAUCUCUCAAGUCAAGGCCGCACUGGCCGCAAACAAGAACGUGGAGCUCAUCUCUCAAGUCAAGGCGGCACUGGCGGCAAACAAGGUGGGCAUGCCAUGCCGGCCGCUGUUGUGA